AUGUGGAAUCGCGCGACAGCAGGCGACACCAACGCGUCGCCCAACGGCUCUGCGAACACCCGAAACAGCCUGCGGCGUGGCGUGCGAUCGCUCAGCACUCCCGCGUUAGACUCGGUAACAGCCCCCCUAUCGACCCUGUCGCGCCACCGCCGUUCCAUCGAUGAAGCUCGCGUGGCCGCCGCAUCAUGCGCCGCCACCGCCGGCGGCGUGGAGUCACGAGAAUCUUCCGCGCAACUACCGCCGCAACCAAAGCCGUUCUCACCGACUACAGCCGCGGCGUAUGACGUGGCGCGUCUUGCGGCGGUUCACCGUGCAAGCUCGGACUCUUACCUUGCGAGAAACGCGGUCAGCGGGGCGGCGGUUUGUCCGCUGGAGCUUCCUCGUGUCGCGAGCACAAGCAGUGCAACGGAGAGCUCGCCGCACAACUCGGCGCAGCGUCACGCGGCGCGGACUGCAGAGUCCCGGCUAUCCCGCCGCAUUCGGCGCUCGUAUGACGUGGCAGCUAGGAUGUCCGACGCGGACGCCCCUUCCGCUGACACCUCGGCGGCCGCGACGACCGCGGCAGCCGCAACUCGCGCCGCGAGCGCCGGAGACGCCGCGAAUGGCGGCGACGCGAGCGUGGAGGUUUUGGGAAGCAACUCGCGGCGCGUGAGCGCGCGCGUCGUGGUUCCCGCGAGUGCUGACGUGGUGUGGGGCGUUCUGACAGACUACGAGCGGCUCGCGGAUUUUAUCCCCUCCCUGGCGACCAAUCAGAUGCUGCAGCGGCGAAGCAACGGAGCUAGACUGCUGCAGGUACGUGCUAAUCUAGGAAUUAUACCAUAUUAUAUCACGUCAUAUCCUCUCUAUCCUUCACAGGUGGGCGAGCAGGACGUGGCGAUGGGCAUUAAGUUCUGGGCCAAGGUGGUGGUUGAUGUGGGCGAGCAGGACAUGGCGAUGGGCAUCAAGUUUCGGGCCAAGGUGGUGGUGGAUGUGGAGGAGGGGGAGGACGAGCGCCUGCCCCGUGCCUUUUCCAGAAGCUUCAGCAGCGGCAGCAGCGACGGCAGCGGUGGCAGCAGCAGCAGCAGCAGCAGCAGUGGGGAGGAGAGUGAUGCGGGGAUUGGCGGGGCGGGUGGCAGCAUGAGGAGGCGACGCAUUCACUUCAAAAUGGUGGAGGGCGACUUUCAAAAGUUUGUGGGCGUCUGGACUCUUGAGGAACAGCUGCCUGGCUCCCCCUCCGGCCCCACAACCCUCUCAUACUCGGUUGAGCUGACCCCACACUUCUGGCUGCCGGUGGCCUUGGUGGAGGGGCGAAUCUCGAGGGAGAUUAAAGCCAACCUAGCAGGGGUCCGACAGGAGGCAUACAGGAGGAUCCAGAUGGCCUUGUCGCAAGUGUGA